AUGGAAACGAGCUCCUCAUCAAACAGCGCGAGGGCUCGACUCCCAACUGUAGCGGGCCAAACGACCAAAACCGGAAGAAAAAACGGAGAUUAUUCGACGGUACUUGACCGGAGGUCAUCAUGCAGGAUAACAGGAAUGGCAUGAUGUCGUUCCCUCCACCGAUCAGCAAAGACAGGAUUAUCUCAGAUUUCCCCAAGUGGUACACGCCUGAGGCCUCCCUGCAGCUGAAGAAAGACUGGGACGCUGAGGUUAAAGCCACCUGCAAGGACAGAGCUGCCAGACAUCAGCCGUGGGACCGACAGAAAAUGUCAAAAGUGGUGGUUGUUGGAGACCUUAAUGUGGGGAAGACCUGCCUCAUCAAUAGAUUCUGUAAAGAUGUAUUUGAAAGAGACUACAAAGCCACUAUAGGAGUCGACUUUGAGAUCGAGAGAUUCGAGAUAUCCGGAGUACCUUUCUCCCUUCAAAUCUGGGAUACUGCUGGACAGGAAAAAUUCAAGUGCAUUGCUUCUGCGUACUACAGAGGCGCUCAGGUCAUAGUCACGGUGUUUGACAUGGCCGACAUUAAGUCUCUAGAUCACACACGCCAAUGGUUGAAGGAGGCCAUGAGAGAAAAUGAGCCUGACUCCUGUUUCAUCUUCUUGGUUGGCACAAAGACUGACCUGCUGCCCGCAGAAGAAAGACAGAGGACAGAAAAAGAUGCCAUCAAGAUUGCAGCAGAAAUGCACGCAGAGUUUUGGGCUGUUUCAGCCAAAGCAGGAGAGAACGUGCAGGGAUUUUUCUUCAGGGUGGCAGCUUUGGCUUUUGAGAGCUGCAUGCUGAAGGACAUGGAGAGCAGUGCCCCUGCCAGCAUCGGUAGUUUCAAAUCAGAUUGUGCAAACCUGGAGGAGUCUGCACCACAAGAAGUGAAGAGGAGCUGCUGCUGAACAGGGAAAGCAGAACCAGACGGAGGCUCCAUCCUGACCUUCAGCUGCAGAAUUCAGAAGAGAUCGAGUUCCACUGGACGGAAAUGUGCCUUAGGUUCCACUGGGUUUAUUAAAUUAUCAAAACUG